CGCAGCUCACUGAUCCAGGUCCUGUCAUGAUGAGCAGGGACUUUCGAUUUUCAGUCAUGAACCUAGAACAGCAUCUAUGUGGGCGGGGCGUAUUUACGCUCCAGGUGACGUCACCGCGCUCACGUAGAGACGGUCUCGGUGUAUUGUCGCCAUGAAUCGCUGGUGUGGAGCACAUCUCGACAUCAAGGAGUGAAGACAGACGUGUUGAAGGACGUGGGUUUGUUUAUUCUCACCUCUGGUUGUGUUAUUCCAGCAGUAUGUCUGUCUCCAGCACACCCACCAGUAAUGAUGCCUGUCUGAGCAUCGUCCACAGUCUCAUGUGCCAUCGACAGGGAGGAGAGAGCGAGUCCUUCUCCAAACGAGCCAUAGAGAGCUUGGUGAAGAAGCUGAAGGAGAAGAAGGAUGAGUUAGACUCUCUGAUCACAGCCAUCACUACAAACGGGGCUCAUCCCAGUAAAUGUGUGACUAUACAACGCACGCUAGACGGCAGACUGCAGGUGGCCGGUCGUAAAGGAUUUCCUCAUGUUAUAUACACACGGCUGUGGCGAUGGCCGGACCUGCACAAGAACGAGCUGAAACAUGUGAAGUACUGCCAGUUUGCCUUCGACCUGAAAUGCGACAGCGUGUGUGUGAACCCGUACCACUACGAGAGGGUCGUGUCUCCAAGCAUCGAUCUGUCGGUUCUGACUCUGGGCGGCCCAGGUCCGAGUGUAGAUCCGCUGGUGAAGGAUGAGUUCGAUGCUCAGCCGUCUCAUUCUGCUGCUGAUGGAGGUCACAGUAUUCAAACCAUCCAGCACACAACCUCUUCCUCUGCCCCGCCCGACGCUUUCAACAGCCCCGCCCUCCUGCCGCCAGUCGACUCCACAAGCUCCGCCUCCACUUCUGCGUUCACCAGUAUGGCUGCAGGUCCAGCCAAUGCCCCCAGCUCAUGGCCCAGAGGAAGCAGUUUUCCUCCCAGCAUCCCUCAGCAGAACGGCCACCUGCAGCACCAUCCUCCUCUUCCUCAUACGGGCCAGUACUGGUCCGUGCAUAAUGAGCUGGCGUUGCAGCCGCCCAUAUCCACUCAUCCAGCUCCAGAUUACUGGUGCUCGAUUGCGUACUUUGAGAUGGACAUCCAGGUGGGCGAGGCGUUUAAGGUGCUGUUUAACUGUCCCGCGGUGACGGUGGAUGGUUAUGUUGACCCGUCAGGUGGAGAUCGCUUCUGUCUCGGUCAGCUGAGUAACGUACAUCGCACAGAGGCCAUCGAGAGAGCCAGGCUUCACAUCGGUAAAGGUGUUCAGCUGGAGUGUAAAGGCGAGGGUGACGUGUGGGUGCACUGUCUCAGUGACCACGCUGUGUUUGUCCAGAGCUAUUAUCUGGACCGCGAGGCUGGACGAGCUCCGGGUGACGCCGUCCACAAGAUUUACCCCAGCGCCUACAUCAAGGUGUUUGAUCUGCGGCAGUGUCAUCGGCAGAUGCAGCAGCAGGCGGCCACGGCUCAGGCUGCAGCAGCUGCGCAGGCGGCUGCGGUGGCGGGAAACAUCCCGGGCCCGGGUUCGGUGGGAGGCAUCGCCCCUGCUAUCAGUCUGUCUGCUGCGGCAGGCAUCGGUGUGGACGACCUGCGGCGUCUCUGUAUCCUGCGCAUGAGUUUCGUCAAGGGCUGGGGUCCCGAUUACCCUCGCCAGAGCAUCAAGGAGACCCCGUGCUGGAUUGAAAUUCAUCUGCACCGCGCUCUGCAGCUCUUGGACGAGGUUCUGCACACCAUGCCUGUAGCCGACCCGCAACCUCUGGACUGAUGCUCCAACAUCAAACCUUCAACCUUAUUACAUGACUGACCUCUGACCUCAGCCAUGAACCUCAGCAGAGUAUGAUUUUUUUUUUUUUACGCCAUCUGGCAACACGUUAGAGAACCAGCAAUACUAUAAAACAACAUGAACUUUGAUCGAUCCAACAGGACUGUUCGUCAAAACACCGUAAAAUCAUCUUUUUUUUUUUAACAAGACCUUCACUUUUGAUGUUCAAAGAGGAAAUGACCUCAUAUUGCAUUUAAUCCAGUUUACAGUGGCCACAUACAACAAAGAAAAACUUGAAUGCAUCAGUUUUAGGACUAGUUUACUAAGAAUUACUCACUUAUCUCUCAUUGUAGUUUGUAAAACCAUUUUCUUGUAAAUCAUGACAUUGAAUUGAAAGGUUUUAUGAACUCUGUAGACAAAAAUUCUAAAUUAUGUGAAUUGUUGCAUUCAUUAACGAUUAUGAGGGGGGAAAUUAUGUAAAUGAUUGCAUUAAGUUAAAUGCAGUUCAUUUAUGUAACAAUGGUUUUAUGACUAAAGGAUCAUGGCAUUUGCAUUCAUUUGAACGUAGAAUAUCGUUUGAAAUUUUAGAAAUUUUAGAAGUUUCUUGAGCAGCAAAUCAGCAUAUUAUGAUGAUUUCUGAAGGAUCAUGUGACUGAAGACUGGAGUAAAGAUGAUUUGAACUUUGAUCACAGGAAUAAAUUACUUGAAAUGUAUUCAAAAAUAAAACAGGUAUUUUAAAUUCUAAAAAUAUUUCACAAUAUUACUGUUCUUAGUGUAAAUAUAGUCUUCGUAAGGCGAAGAGACUAAAACCGAUCUAAAACUUUUGAACAGUAGUGUAAGUUUAUUCCAAUUGAAUGCAAUAAUUUACAUAAUUUUAUAAAACAAGCUGAAUAAGUAUUUACAAAAAUUCAGUAUUUAUUUCAUUUGUAUCGAUUUGAACGCAACAGUUCUUGUUAAUAUGGUUUCACAAACUAAAACUUCACCCAGAUAUUUGUUCAGCUUCUGUUUUAUGAUGAUUCAUAAAAAACAUUUUUCUGUAAAUUAUUGCAUUGAAUUGUAUUCUGUUUAUGUUUCAUGAAUGAGAUCGUUCUCAUAGUUACAGAAGUUAUACAGAAAUUUGGGUUCAUGUAAAUUGUUGUAUUUAAGAAGUUCAACAAGUUGUAUAAGUAAAUCCUAUUCGAUUCAAUGUGACAGCUACACUAAAAAUAGUUUCACAAACCAUUCUUUAUGUAGUUUAUGUAGCACAUAAUUCUUGUAUUUCUGCUAUUUAUGUGUGUGUGUGUGUGUGUGUGUUUGUGUGCAUAUUUAUACACACACAAUUAACAGAAAUAAGAAACAAACUAUUUUCAUAUUUAAUUUAAUUUCGUAUUCAGAAAUGGCUUUUUAUGAUGAGUUCGCAGUUUGUUUUUGAUGAAUGAGGCAUGUGGGACAGUAGCUUAAUAGGAUUCAAGAAAACUCCGUCACUUCCUAAUGUUUGUAGCGAGUAUGUGGCCAGAAUAUUGUCCUUUGUGUGUGUUCAUAUUUUUAUUUAGUAUUUUUUAUAACUUUAAUAACUCGUUUAUAUCAAGCACUUGGUUACUUUAUAUCACCUGUAAAGAUUUUCACUAAACUUUCCCUGGAAGGGCUCCGUCUCAAACUGAGUGCAGUCAGGAUCAGGAUUGAGAUGCAGCCAAGUGCAUUUAGUCUUUGAUAUAAAACUUUGCCUCCAUUUAGCCCAGGUGGGUUAGAUAUGGUUCAUACUGAUUAUUUUCUUGUACUAACCAGUUUUGUCUUCUCAUUGUAUGUGCAUUUGUAUCUUUUCUUCUUAGUGUUGCAUGUUGGGAUGGAGACGGAACAACGUGUGAUAAUCGAACUAAUUUAAGAAGCAACAGUAUUGAAUAUGAAGGCUUGUUCAGAAUGGCAUGCUAGUAUUUUUGCAGCAUGCAGUAUUGUUCAUAGCACAUAUAUGAUCAUAUUGCACAAUGCAUAUUGCUCGAUUUGAUGGUGUGACUAAACUAGAGUAAUACACAUACAUAAACAGUAAUGCUGAAGCAAUAUGAGGCACAUUUUUUUCAAUCUUGAUUUAGUUUUUGAUCAGAAGUUCAAAAGUUGAAGAUGUUAUUACAGUAAAAUCAGAUUACAGAUGCAAAACAAGUGGAUUCUGGAUGCCACUUGCUGAAUUAAACAUGCAACUUGAGACAUUGUCAAUUACAAAUGAUUCCACGUUUAAAAACACAGUAUAUACUGUGUAGUACACUAGUAUUUUAUUCUGAACACAACCUGUGUGUCAACCGGAGAGAAACGGCUGAAUGAGCGACUAGUUGAGCAGGUUGUUCAGGCUUCUGGUGUGUUUCUUCACUUAUUAGUGCUUUUCUGUUCAGAAUGACUUUAUCUGAUCGACAGCAGACUGAAAUCACUAUUUGACUGAAACAUGGUAGAUAUGAGAAUACAGUAAUAUUGCAUUAUUAAUGUCAUUUAACAAUGCAAAUAUUCUCUCUGGAACUAUUUAAUGUGUCAAUAUGGUUAGUACUUUUGUAAUGUUUGGUUAUUAUAUAAAAUUGCAUCAGUGUUUUUUGUCUAAAAUCAGAGACUGUCAUGAUGCUGAAAAUGUAGCACAAUAAAAUAGUUUGCAUUAAAAUGCAACAGCUUCCACUGCACUGAAACCUUGUAUUUUAGCUGAAACUGGGGUUAUCGUAAGGGAGAACUAUAUUACCAAUCUUUGCAUUUUUCAUU